CUCACCCCAAGACAAACACACAGACACACACUCACACAGACACACACUCACAUAUUCAUUUAAGGGCUCCCGCAGCAAGGACUGAAGUCAGAGUUGGUCUCAGGAGUCAUCAUGUCUGGAGUGUGGACCGGGGUGCUGCUCUGUGUGUGUGUCUGCGUUUGUGUUAAAGCUCAGCGACAUGGGCCUCCAGGUCUUCCUCCUCUGUCUCCUCUUCGCCAGCAUCAUCACGACCCAACGGUAGAACCGGAACAAAAUAUGACCAGCAAUAAGAUCGAGGUCCAGAGUGUGAAGAUAGACUGCAAGGUGGCAUCUCGAUUUGCCCACACGGUCAUGACCUCCACAGCUCUGAAUAAGGCCAACGUCUCACAGGAAGUGUUCUUCGAGGUGGAGCUGCCCAAGACAGCCUUCAUCACCAACUUCAGCAUGGAAAUUGAUGGUCAGACAUAUGUGGGAGAAAUAAAAGAGAAGGAAAAAGCAAAGGAGCAGUAUGAGAAGGCUGUGUCUUCAGGACAGACUGCUGGCCUGGUCAAAGCUUCAGGAAGGAAGAUGGAGAAGUUUGCAGUGUCUGUGAACAUCGCCGCCAACAGCGGCGUCACAUUCACACUGACUUACGAGGAGCUCCUUCAGCGCCGCUUCGGCAAAUAUGAGAUCAUGAUUAGAGUCAAACCCAAACAACUGGUUCAACACUUUGAGAUUGUUGCAGAUAUCUAUGAACCACAGGGCAUUGCAUUCCUGAACACCAAUGCCACAUUCCUCACCAAUGAACUGAUCCCGCUAGUGAAGGAAACCAUCACUGACAAAAUGGCCCACAUGUCCUUUUCUCCAACUCUGGAGCAGCAGAGGAAAUGUCCAGACUGUGAUGGUACACUGAUAGAUGGAGAUUUCAUUAUCACAUAUGAUGUCAACCGGGCAGAGGAUAUUGGUGACGUCCAGGUCUAUUUUAUUGUGAACGGGUACUUUGUGCACUUCUUUGCUCCAGCUGAUUUACCUCGCUUGUCAAAGAACGUGGUUUUUGUGAUAGACAGGAGUGGAUCUAUGCAAGGGAAAAAGAUGGAACAGACUCAAGAAGCUCUAGCGACCAUUCUAGAUGACUUAUAUCAGGAGGACUACUUCGGACUGGUCACAUUCGAUAACACUGUUGAGUUUUGGAGACAAUCACUGAGCCAAGCAUCAGAGGAAAAUAUAAAAGAAGCUAAGAAAUUUGUGGAAACUAUAAAAGCAAGACACAUGACGGAUAUCAACGAAGGUGUUUUACAGGCUGUAGACAUGCUAACAACAGCAAAGAAAAACAGCUCCCUCCCAGACAACAGCGCAUCCAUGAUCAUCCUUCUGACUGACGGAGAGCCCACUUCUGGGGAGCAGAAUGUAUCCAUGAUCCAGGAGAAUGUCCGAAAUGCCAUUGGAGGAAACAUGAGCCUCUUCUGCUUGGGUUUUGGCUAUGAUUUAGACUAUGCUUUCCUGGAUGUUCUGGCCAAGCAGAAUGAGGGUCUGGCGCGCAGAAUAUAUGAGGCAUCUGAUGCUGUGCUUCAACUACAGGGUUUCUAUGAAGAGGUGGCUAGUCCACUCCUGUUAGAAGUGAAUCUGCAUUAUCCAGGCAGUGUGGUGAAUUCCUUAACAAACAGCCACUUCAGGCAGCUCUUCAAUGGUACGGAGAUUGUGGUUGCUGGCCAACUGAACGAGCUUGAAGUCGACAACUUCCUCGUCGAGGUGUCAGCCCAAGGGCUGGAGGACGAGUUCCUGGUGCGGGGCCAAGCCAGUGUUGAGGAGUGGGCCCUCAUGUUUCCUGAGCAGGAGUACAUCUUUGGGGACUUCACUGAGCGUCUCUGGGCAUAUUUGACCAUUCAGCAGCUCCUAGAUAAGAGAGACAACUGUGCACCUGAGGAAAUUGAGAACAUCACAGCUGAAGCUCUGGACCUGUCCCUGAAGUACAACUUCGUCACCCCUCUCACCUCCAUGGUCGUCACUAAACCCCAAACUGAUGAAAAGCCGGAGGACACGCUCAUUGCGGACAAGCUAUCGGAGGAGCAGAGGCGGGACAUCACUCCACUCGAUUUUGAUGCAGUCUCCGUCCCCAUUGCAUUGCAGAGCAUUGGUACACCUAACUUUGCCGUAGGACUCUCUUCCAUUCCACUGAGGAGCAUGAAGUUGAUGGUUGAUGGAGAUCCACACUUCAUCAUCGAGAUUCCUAAUCUGAAUGAUGCUCUCUGCUUUAAUACUGAUGACCAACCAGGCACCAUCUUCAACCUGGUGAGAGAUCCACUCACAGGUUUUGUGGUAAAUGGACAGACAAUAGGGGACAAGAAAGUGGAACCUGGGAGCAAGGGGCACACCUAUUUUGGUCGCUUUGGAAUCGUUCAUGAGACGUUUGACAUCAGAUUGACGGUGACCACACAAGAGAUCCUGGUGUCGGAGCAGGGAAAGCAUGAAGAGCUUCUCUGGUCAAAAACGUCCACAGUCAAGGGCAUAAAUAUGGAGUUGCAUGUAUCCAAAGAUCGCAGUCUGACCGUGACUAUGAAGAACUCAGUGAAGUUUGUGAUCAUCCUACACAAAGUGUGGAAGAAGCAUCCCUACCACCAGGACUACCUGGGCUUCUACACCCUGGACAGCCACCUUCUUUCACAAAGUGUCCAUGGCCUGAUAGGACAGUUUUUCCAUGGAAUAAAAUUUGAGGUCAGUGACCUCUUCCAAGGCAAGGACCCAGAAAAACCUGAUGCCACCAUGUCUGUGAAAGGAAACAGACUUACUGUGACCAGGGGCUGGCAGAGAGACUUCAGAAAGGAUGUGAAGAACGGAGAAACGGUGCCCUGCUGGUUCAUUCAUAACAAUGGAACUGGGCUCAUCGACGGAGACCUUAGAGACUAUGUUGUCUCUGAUCUUUUCAAAUCCAUUUAAGAAAAAAUAUCUGGGACUAAACCUGAUAUUACUGACAUCACUGUGCACACGUUUCUACAUUUUUAGUUAUCAGUACUGGUCAAGAAUUACGAAUUGCAAAUGACUAUGCCUUUCAUAUGGGGCUUUAAUAUCUAGCUGCACUGCAGGAUUUACAGUGACAAAGGCUACGUUCACAUUACCAGGCUGAAGUGACUUAAAUCUGAUAUUUUUACCUUCAUUUGACACAGAUCAGAUUUUUUUCAGGAGUGUGUGGACACGUCAAAUUCAAUCUUUUCAAACCAGAUUUGAGUCACUUUGACAAAAUUUUGUACUAAAUCGGAUAAAGGUCUGACUCUUGGGUGUGCGGCAUGAAUGUUAAUAAUCAGAUCAGAUGUUCUGCAUCUGCUUUUUGUCUGUAUGCAUGUGCUUUGUUCUGGCGUCAUCAGCCAGCACCAGUGUUGUGCUGAAUUCUGACUUCCUGCCAGAAUCUGACUCCUUUUUUGCAUGCAUGCACGUCACACAGAUUUAUACAGCAUACAGAAGAAUAUGAAUAUGAUUCCUCAUGUUGUUCCUUUUUUAUUAAACGCUAUUAAUAUUAAUUGUAUUCAUAUACAAGUUUUCCUUGACACAAAAAAUAUAUAACAGAACAGUGUUUUAGGGGACUCAGAUUCUGUAAGGAAGUUGAAAUUCAGCACAACACCAGCAGCACAGCAAAACAACAGAGGCAUAAUGUGCAUAAACACAUUAAUAUAUACAUAUGUGCUGUUUCAGGGACAGAGUGAUUCACAUUACACACAGAUUCAGCUCACUUACAGCUAUAGAUGUAAACUGUCAAGACCGAUAUGAGCAAAACAAUCUGAAUUAAUUGUGAGAUUGAUGAUGUAAUGUGAGCAUAGCCAAAGACUGAGAGAACUUUGUAACGGAUGUUUGUUCACACUUGCUUCAAAUUAAACAUGGUUACCAGCUGUCCACAUAAAGUA